UAUCCCUAUAAAAUCUCAACCUUUGAGUUAUUCCAAACACGCGCACGCUCUCAUAUUCCCUCUCCACUGCUAAACGCCACUGUUGGAGCGGCCCAAUAGCGUCUUCGCUCUUUCUCUCUCUCUCGCUCUCUCGCGCUGCUUCUGAUCUCUCUGUGCUAGAGAUGGCACAGCAGACUGAUGAUUCCCAUAGUGCUGAGUUAGUGGGAAAUACUUUUCUUCAACAGUAUUAUCGUGUUCUCCAUGAAUCUCCUGAGGAUGUUCACAAAUUUUAUUCGGAAUCCAGUGUGUUGAGUCGGCCUGAUGCAGAUGGUGUGAUGACAUCAGUAACAACCAUGCAGGGCAUUAACGAGAAGAUAGUCUCCUUGGACUUCCAGAACUAUUAUACACAGAUUUUGACAGCUGAUGCACAGUUUUCAUAUAAGGAUGGUGUGAUUGUUCUAGUGACUGGUUGUAUAACGGGAAACAAUAAAGUGAAAAGAAAGUUUACUCAAUCUUUCUUUCUAGCCCCUCAAGACAAUGGGUAUUUUGUCUUGAAUGAUGUUUUUAGGUAUAUUGAUGAUGAGACGAGUAAUGAUGCUGAUGGAAGUUCUCAAGCACCUCCAUUCACUCCAAGUAUUGAGUCGACUGUUGUCACUGAUGAGUCCAUUCCUAUUCAAACUAUACCUCUGGAGUUGGAUUCUAAUAAUGGCAAUGAAGUCAGUCAAGUCUUGGAUAACGGGAAGGAACCAGUUGCUGAAGAAGGCAGUGUUGUUGAAGAACAAGGUCUUACUGACAAAGAAGUUGCUGCUGAGAAUCCAGCUGAUUCAACUCACAAUGUAACUCCUCCGGUUCCUGAGGCUGCUGUUCCUGUGGCUGCUGUUCCUCUAAGGGAGGAUGCUCCAAAGAAGUCCUUUGCAUCAGUGGUGAAUGCCUUGAACAAGAAUACUGCUCCAUUUCAUGUGAGAGCUGCCCCAACUAAACCUGUCAUACAGCCUCGAGCAACUGCAGUUCCUGAAGCACCAGCUCCUGUUAGCAACAAUGUUGUGGAAAAUAAUAACGACCCUGCAGUCAAGGCACAUGCCAUAUUUGUUGCAAAUUUGCCUAUGAGUGCAACUGUUGAAGAGCUUGAAAAGGUUUUCAAGGAAUUUGGUCCAAUCAAGCAUGAUGGAAUUCAAGUUAGAAGUAACAAGCAACAGGGAACAUGCUUUGGUUUUGUGGAAUUUGAAUCUGCGAGCUCCAUGCAGAAGGCACUUGAGGCAUCACCUAUCGUAUUUGCCAAUCGCAAAUUAUCCAUCGAAGAAAGACGAGCGAACAAUGAGAGAGGGAGGUUUUCAUCUGGAAGGAGUGGUUAUCGUAAUGACAAUUUCAGGGGCCGUGGCAACUAUAACGGAGGCCGUGGAUAUGGGAGAAAUGAGUUUGAGAAGCGUGGUGGCGAGUUCUCAGGUCGAGCUAGGGUGAAUAAUGGACCCAAUGCCAAUGCAGAAGCUUACCAAAGGUCUUAUCCAAAUGGGGGAGGAAAAGUUGCAAGGCAAACAGUCAAGGUGGCAUAAUGUAGGUUGGCUUUGAUCUUGUCUACUGAGUUCUAUUUAUAGGGAGAGAUUUUAUAUCUAAAACAAUGAGAUAUAGAGAUUUUUUAUUUUUUAUUUUUAUUUUUUAUAUAUUAUCAAAGGCCGGAUUCCUUAGGUUUUGGACUGGAUGAUUUGGGAGAGUUUUUUGGUGGGAUUUGUGUUUUUUAAAUCUUUUCUCCUUUUGUUUUUCUAGUGCAUUUUUGUUUUUUGUCUUUUUUUUUUCUUUUUUUUUAUAAAUGUGAAUUAGGUAAUUUCAAAUUGUUGCUUUAAAGUCCUCCAAUUUGCUCCCUUCUCUUCUCUGUCAA